UGCUAACAUUCAAAAUGAACUUAUCAUUUAGCAUGUUCAUUUUAGUUCACAUAUCUGAAUGUAAACAACUUAUAUCUCAGUACAAUCCAUUUUUUGUAUAUUUAAUUCAAAAAUUAAUUAGUUAACUAUAGCAAUGUCUGAGAAACCUCGAGUGGUGUUACUGUUCUCCGGUAAACGUAAAAGUGGUAAAGAUUUCCUGACAGAUCGGCUGCUACAACGGCUUACCGAUAAAUGCGCCCAGAUCAUUCGUAUUUCGGAACCGAUCAAGCGAAGCUGGGCGGAAAAACUAGGCCUAGACUUGCAGGAGCUGCUCGGAGAUGGUCCGUACAAGGAACGCUACCGACGGGAGAUGAUCGAGUGGAGUGAUCAAAAACGGCGAGAGGAUGCUGGAUUCUUUUGCCGGCAGGCUUGUGCAGCAGUGGACAGGGAUAUUUGUAUCGUUAGUGACGUCCGGAGGAAAACGGAUCUGCACUUUUUCAGGGAAACAUACGGAGAACGCGCGAAAACAGUGCGGAUUGUGGCUAGUGAGAGAACGCGAAACGAUCGUGGUUUUACAUUCCAAGAAGGCGUUGAUGAUGUUCAGUCCGAAUGUGAUUUGGAUGAUGUUACCAGUUGGGAUUUGGUAGUGCACAAUGAAACCGAUACAGAUGUGGACGAUAUCCUGGAUAAAAUCGAAAAGUUGUUCUGUUGAAGUUAUUCGUAUUCAAAGAGAUUUCAGGGUUAUUUAUUGAAAGUCUAAUUAAUUUAGGUAUUUAAUUUAGCAGUAAUUUCAUAGACAAUUAGUUUUUUUUUCAAACA